ACUGUGUUUUAAAAUGGGAGAUACAGGUGGUCCUAGUGAAACCUUAAUUAGCAAGUUAGAACCUCACAGUCCGUUAUACUUACAUGCUAGUGAUUCUAUUGCUUUGACUGUUGUUAGUGUAAAACUUAAAGGGACAGAAAACUAUACGGUGUGGUCUAAUGCCAUGAGUCUGGCUUUGAGAGUCAAAAAUAAACUGGUUUUAUUGAUGGUACUUUUGCUAAACCUAAGGGAAAUGCAAUUCUUGAAACACAAUGGGAAAGAUGUAACUCGGUUGUGUUAACUUGGAUCUUAAAUUCUGUUUCAGAAGAAUUAUAUCUAGGUCAUGUUUAUUCCCAAUCUGCUGCUGAGGUUUGGAAGGAAUUAAGGGAUACUUAUGAUAAAAUAGAUGGGUCGGUGGUCUUUGAUUUAUAUCAAAAGAUUAACUCAUUUAGUCAAUCUGGUUUAUCUGUUGCAGAAUAUUAUCACAAGUUAAAUAUAAUGUGGAAAAAAUUAGAUCAAAUCCUACAGAUUCCUACUUGUACUUGUGAUGCUGCAACUCAGUAUAAUAAUUUCAGUCAUUUAGUUAAACUCAUGCAGUUCUUGAUGGGUUUGGAUAGUGCAUAUCAAUCUGUUAGAACUUCGUUGUUGAUUAGAGAACCUCUCCCUUCUGUGAAAGAUGCUUUUGCUAUUGUUUCUAGGGAAGAGUCUCAUAGGAAUGCUAAUGUAAAAGAUAAUACCGUUGGUUUCUUUUCAAAAGUUAAUCCUAAUAUUGAGAACAAGAAAAGGUUUAUUAAAAAUCAGAAUCAAGGAUUAAAAUGUUCGCAUUGUAAUAAAACUGGACACUCUGUUGAUAAAUGUUUUGAAAUAAUAGGCUAUCCUUCUUGGGUUAGACCACCAAGAGGUAAUCAAGCAAAGAAAACUGGGUCUAGUAAUAAUGUUUGUGUUGAUGAUUCUUGUGUUCCUGUUACUUCUCUUACUUCUGAUCAAUUGUCCAAAUUGUUGAGUUUGUUAAAGGACAAGUCACCUGAAGUACCACAAAGCUGCAAUGUGUUAGGACUUACUAACAAAGAAAGUCCUGGUGAUUGGUGAUCAACUUGAAGGAUUGUAUGUGUAUGGUAAUUCUGUUAUAUGUGAUAAGGACUCCCUCGUCUGUUCUUGCUAGAAAAAACACCUUAUGAGCUUGUAUAUAAUUUUAAACCCUUCUUGUCUCAUUUGAGAGUGUUUGGGUGUCUGUGUUUUUGUACUGUGUUGAAUGAAAGUGAUAAGCUUAACAGUAGAGCAGAAAAGUGUGUUUUUAUAGGUUAUUCCCUUGAGAAGAAAGGUUAUAAAUUGUUUAGUCUUGACUCUAAAACAGUUAUUUUUUCAAGAGAUGUUAAAUUUUAUGAAUCUUUCUUUCGUUUUAAGGAACAAUCUGUUUUUGAAACUUAUGAUGCUAAUUUUGAUAAAACUGUUAAUGCUUUAAAUUUUUUUGAUUUGUAUGAAAAUAAGUAUCCAAACACCAAAC